UGGAGAAACAAGAUACAACAAAGACAAGAUACUACAAGGUCAGGGAGUGGAUGAGCCGCUCUCUGCAACUGGUUUCAGACAAGCAAAUGCUGCUGGUUUAUUUCUCAGUGAUGUGAAGUUUACUCAUGUCUUUUCAAGUGACCUCCUUCGAGCAAAGCAGACUGCUGCCACAAUUCUAGAAAAAAAUAAGUUUUGCAAAGAUUUGGAAAUCAAGUAUGAUGCAAGACUUCGAGAGAGAAAAUACGGUGUUGCAGAAGGAAGGCCUUUGACUGACCUUAAGGCUAUGGCAAAGGCUGCUGGAGAGCAAUGUCCUUCAUUUACGCCUUCUGGAGGAGAAACACUGGAUGAAGUAAGAGAACGUGCAAGGGAUUUUUUUGAAUUUCUGUGUCGGCUAGCUGUUGAAUUGGAAAAGAAAGAGCAAGACAUGCAUGGUGCAGCAAGCAGAAGCUCAGGAGCAUCUGAAGAACAGUUCGUUUUCCCUUGGACAAACCACUGCAGUGAAGCAGAACUUAGCUCUGGUAGUGGUGGAGCUUCUAAAAUAUUAGAUGCCAAUAUAUUAGUAGUGAGUCAUGGAGCCUACAUGAGGAACUGGAUGGGUUAUUUUGUUUCGGAUCUCAACUGUAGUUUGCCAACAAAUUUAACAAAGUCUCAGUUGUCUUCUGUCAGUCCCAAUACAGGAGUUAGUCAUUUCGUUAUAAAACUUGAAAAUGGAAAUUUGUUAAAACCUGAAAUCACAUGUGUUUGUCUUAAUCAAGACUCUCACUUAGUGGAUGUGGGAGCUGAAUGCGUAGCUCCGAAAGUGUUUUAAGAGUCUUUGUAGGGGGAAGUGGUUUUAGAUCACCAUUAUACUAAACUUGGAAAAGGUGUCUGUAGUAAUUACUGGGA